UAACGACUGAUUGGAGAGUUACAAUACGUCAAAUGUUGGUUUAAGAUGAAUGUAAACUUUUGUAGGGGAAGUAUUUCUAGAAAUUUGCGAAAAUAUAAUGUAGUGUUGAACAAAUCUCUUUUAAAAAGCAAUCCCGUACAAAAUCGGCAUAUUUGCUACUCUCCGGUAGCAUUUGAAAAGUCGUUCCUAACCUCAAACCAAUUGUUUCUCACACCAAAGGACCAUGAAAAAAGGUAUAAAAGCUUGUCUGAAAGUGUCAAACGAUGCUACAGCAGCGAAGAAAAACCCUCCGUCAACAAACUUCCACCGUUAAUGAACUUCCCGAAAAUUGUGUGGCCUUCAUUAGUCAAAUCGAUCAGAAACUUCAUACUAGCCACUUUUAUAAUCAAACCAUAUCUGGACCGAGAAUUUAACUUGCCGGACUUCAUAGCAGGUUCGAAAAAAGCUGUUGAGGUUGUGUCCCACAAACUCUCAUCGGGAGAAUUAAAGACUCUUAAUGGAUUAGUCACAUCAGAUAUACUUCCCAAUUUGCAGGAGAACAUUUCACAGAUGUCAUUAUCUCAGAGGGAACAAAUUGCCAUAGAUAUGGAAGAUAUAUAUUUUGUGUUUCCCUACCAGGUGGGAAUCAUUUUUAAUGACGAAGAUGAAAGCACUCAAAAACGUUUUGUCGAAAUUACAAUGGUGUAUCAUACAUUGAAAGGUUUGGCUGCAAUGAGGAGUCGGGGAGAAGAGCCUCCCCUAAACAUGGGCAUGCUUCCAGAAUACCAAAAUAGGAUAUCAAUUUGUAAUUAUCGUUUUAUAAGAGAAUUUACUAAAGGCGUUGAAAGUGAAUGGACUGUGAAUUCGUUAAAUCAUUUUAAGCCUAUUGAUGAUCAAUAAAGUUUCUGUUAUAGUAAUAUUGUUUUCCCAAUAAAUUUUAUUUGUAUAUUGGAUAUUAAAUUUAUAUAGUUAUAGUAA